AUGAAUUGGUCUGGAAGUCAGUCAUGCGGAAUUGAGGAGCUCGUUCAAGGGAGUAGGCAAAAGUCUGGCUUCAGAAUUCAAAAAAAAAGUCUGGUUGUUCACUGAAAUUAUCAUCAUCUUUUUUAAGCUGAAGCGAGCCGUAGCGCAACAGGAUAUGUGCUUGUCUACGAUCCAAAGAGUCACAUGAUCGAUCCCGUUGCGACCCAACUGAGAGGGUUCGAGAAUUUUGGUAGUGGAAACGAAGGUUCGAUAAUCCAAGAUCCAGUCAUUGCACACAGUUGA